AUGGCGACCAAGAAGCCCAAUAUCCUCUACAUCAUGGCAGACCAAAUGGCUGCUCCCUUGUUGUCCCUGCAUGACAAGAAUUCCCCCAUUAAGACUCCUAAUCUAGACCGGCUCGCUAAUGGCGGCGUGGUCUUUGACUCGGCUUACUGCAACUCACCACUGUGUGCUCCCUCGCGAUUUGUAAUGGUCAGCGGCCAACUGCCCUCCAAAAUUGGGGCUUAUGAUAAUGCAGCGGAGCUGCCCGCAGACACCCCCACAUAUGCCCACUAUCUGCGACGGGAAGGAUACCACACGGCCUUAGCCGGAAAGAUGCAUUUCUGCGGUCCGGACCAGCUUCACGGCUAUGAACAGCGUCUGACCAGUGAUAUUUACCCUGGUGAUUACGGCUGGUCCGUCAAUUGGGACGAACCUGACAUCCGUGCCGAUUGGUAUCACAACAUGUCUUCCGUGAUGGAGGCAGGUCCCGUCGUACGCACCAAUCAAUUGGAUUUUGAUGAAGAGGUAAUCUACAAGUCAACUCAAUACUUGUAUGACCAUGUUCGGCAGCGCAAUGAGCAGCCUUUCUGCUUGACAGUCUCCAUGACCCAUCCUCAUGACCCUUAUGCCAUGACCAAGGAGUUCUGGGAUCUGUACAACGAUGUCGAGAUCCCAUUGCCUAAGAACGGAGCUAUCCCCCACGACCAGCAGGAUGCGCACUCGCAGCGUGUGCUCAAGUGUAUCGACUUGUUCAACAAGGAGAUGCCCGAUGAGCGCAUCCGUGCUGCUCGUCGCGCCUACUAUGCUGCCUGCACAUAUGUUGAUACCAACAUCGGCAAGCUGCUGCGUGUUCUUGAAAACACCGGUCUGGCCGACGACACCAUCAUUGUUUUCACCGGUGAUCACGGUGAUAUGCUCGGCGAGCGCGGCUUGUGGUACAAGAUGACCUGGUUCGAGAACUCGGCUCGAGUUCCUUUCCUGGUUCACUCUCCUAAGCAUUUCUCCCCGAAGCGCGUGUCCGAGAACGUUUCCACCAUGGAUCUCCUCCCUACGUUCGCCGAAUUGGCAGGCGCCAAACUCAUCUCCGAGCUUCCCCUCGACGGUGUUUCCCUCGUGCCGUAUUUGACCGGGGGCGAAGGUCUCCGCACUGAUACCGUCUACGGCGAAUACAUGGGCGAAGGCACCCAGGCUCCUCUCAUGAUGAUCCGUCGCGGCCGCUGGAAGUUCAUCUACUCGACCAUCGACCCACCUAUGCUCUACGACCUCGUCAACGACCCUGAGGAGAGGACCAACCUCGCAGCCGGCAUUCAAAUCCCACCUAGCUCUACCCGUGCAGCCAUUGCAGCCAAGCCUACUAACCUGGCUUCAUCCAUCAACUUGCCUACUCCAGACGACACCCCACACGCAUCGCCAAUCCCCCAGCGUGCCAACACGGCAGACUACCCCUUCCCUUCGAACACUCCCCCUCGUACUCCGAGCCCCGCCAAGCUCCCACUCGCAGUGCCCAACACCACUGACCCAACCAAAAUCUUGGCAUUCUUCCUCGAGGAAACUCACGCCCGAUGGGAUAUGGAGAAGAUCCACCAGGAUGUCCUGUGCUCCCAACGCCGCCGCCGCCUGGUUUACUCCGCUUUGAUUAAGGGUACCCACACCGUCUGGGACUACGAGCCGCGCAUCGAUCCAAGCACCCAGUACAUUCGCAACCAAGGCAAGGGUGCCCUCGACGAUGUCGAGCUCAUCUCACGCUGGCCCCGCGUUCUCCAGCAAGCUGCUACUGCUCACGGGAUGUCUGCCUAG